GCGUGCUGCGGGGCGAGUUGGGGGUCCGGCCUGCGCUUCGGCUGAGACACUGGCUGCUCGCCGCUGGUGGAUGGUAAUUGCCUGCCUCGCGCGAGGAAGGUAGUGUGGUGUGAAUAAUGGCUUCUCUGUUAAAAGUGAAAAUGAAACAGUUGCCUGCGGCAACAGUUCGACUCCUUUCAAGUUCUCAGAUUAUCACUUCAGUGGUCAGUGUUGUAAAAGAGCUCAUUGAAAACUCCUUGGAUGCUGGCGCCACAAGCAUAGAUGUUAAACUGGAGAACUAUGGAUUUGAUAAAAUUGAGGUUCGAGAUAACGGGGAGGGUAUCAAGGCUGCUGAUGCACCUGUGAUGGCAAUGAAGUACUAUACCUCAAAAAUAAAUAGUCAUGAAGAUCUUGAAAAUUUAACAACUUAUGGUUUUCGUGGAGAAGCCUUGGGGUCAAUUUGUUGUGUAGCUGAGGUUUUAAUUACAACAAGGACGGCUGCUGAUAAUUUUAGCACCCAGUAUGUUUUAGAUGGCAGUGGCCACAUACUUUCUCAGAAACCUUCACAUCUUGGUCAAGGUACAACCGUAACUGCUUUAAGAUUAUUUAAGAAUCUACCUGUAAGAAAGCAGUUUUACUCAACUGCUAAAAAAUGUAAAGAUGAAAUAAAAAAGAUCCAAGAUCUCCUCAUGAGCUAUGGUAUCCUUAAACCUGACUUAAGGAUUGUUUUUGUACAUAACAAGGCAGUUAUUUGGCAGAAAACCAGAGUAUCAGGUCACAAGAUGGCUCUCAUGUCGGUUCUGGGGACUGCUGUUAUGAACAAUAUGAAAUCCUUUGAGUACCACUCUGAAGACUCUCAGAUUUAUCUCAGUGGAUUUCUUCCAAAGUGUGAUGCAGACCACUCUUUCACCAGUCUUUCAACCCCAGAAAGAAGUUUCAUCUUCAUAAACAGUCGACCAGUACAUCAAAAAGAUAUCUUAAAGUUAAUCCGACAUCAUUACAAUCUGAAAUGCCUAAAGGAAUCUACUCGUUUGUAUCCUAUUUUCUUUCUGAAAAUUGAUGUUCCUACAGCUGAUGUUGAUGUAAAUAUAACACCAGAUAAAAGUCAAGUAUUAUUACAGAAUAAGGAAUCUGUUUUAAUUGCUCUUGAAAAUCUGAUGACGACUUGUUAUGGACCACUACCUAGUACAAAUUCUUGUGAAAAUAACAAAACAGAUGUUUCCGCAGCUGACAUCGUUCUUAGUAAAACAGCAGAAACAGAUAUGCUUUUCACUAAAAUGGAAUCAUCUGGAAAGAAUUAUCCAAAUGUUGAUACUUCAGUCAUUGUUUUCCAAAAUGAUGUGCAUAAUGAUGAAUCUGUAAAAAACACUGAUGAUUGUUUAAAUCACCAGAUAAGUGUUGGUGACUUUGGUUAUGGUCAUUGUAGUAGUGAAAAUUCUGACAUUGAUAAAAACACUGAGAAUGCUUUUCAAGACAUUGCAAUGAGUAAUUUAUCAUGGGAGAACACUCAGAUGGAAUAUAGUAAAACUUGUUUUGUAGAUUCCAUUAAGCACAUCCAGUCAAAAAAUGGCAAUAAAGACCAUAUAGAUGAGAGUGGGGAAAAUGAGGAAGAAGCAGUCCUUGAAAACUCUUCAGAAAUUUCUGCAGAUGAUUGGAGCAGGGGACAUAUACUUAAAAAUUCAGUGGGAGAGAAUAUUGAACCUGUGAAAAUUUUAGUGCCACAAAAAAGUUUACCAUGUAAAGAAAGUAAUAAUAAUCAUCCAAGCCCUGAACAAAAGAAUCUCAAUGAAGGUCCAUGUAACAAAAAAUCAAAUGUAAUACAUAAUAAAUCUGGACAAGUUACAGCUUAUGAUUUACUUAGCAAUCGAGCAAUCAAGAAACCCAUGUCAGCAAGUGCUCUUUUUGUUCAAGAUCGUCGUGCUCAGUUUCUCAUAGAAAAUCCUAAGACUAGUUUAGAGGAUGCAACAGUACAAAUUGAAGAACUGUGGAAGACACUGAGUGAAGAGGAAAAACUGAAAUAUGAAGAGAAGGCUACUAAAGACUUGGAACGAUACAAUAGUCAAAUGAAGAGAGCCAUUGAACGGGAGUCACAAAUAUCAUUAAAAGAUGGCAGAAAAAAGAUAAAACCCACCAGCACAUGGAAUUUGGCCCAGAAGCACAAGUUGAAAACCUCAUUAUCUAAUCAACCAAAACUUGAUGAACUCUUUCAGUCCCAAAUUGAAAAAAGGAGUCAAAAUAUUAAAAUGGUACAGAUCCCCUUUUCUAUGAAAAACUUAAAAAUAAAUUUUGAGAAACAAAACCAAGUUGACUUAGAAGAGAAGGAUGAACCUUGCUUGAUCCACAAUCUCAGGUUUCCUGAUGCAUGGCUAAUGACAUCCAAAACAGAGGUAAUUUUAUUAAAUCCAUAUAGAGUAGAAGAAGCCCUGCUAUUUAAAAGACUUCUUGAGAAUCAUAAACUUCCUGCUGAGCCACUGGAAAACCCAAUUAUGUUAACAGAGAGUCGAACACAGGUAGAAGAGAAUCAUGACGAAAAUAAUAAAAACCUGAAAUUUAAAAAGAUAAGAAUUUGUUCACUAGGAUACAUCAUUAGAUAACUGUUUCAGAACUUCCAAGAAUAAAGCAGAAAUCAUUUAUAAAAUGUGUUAAAAGUCUUGUUAAAGAUACUGCGGUCUUGGAGGAGAAAAAAAUAAGGACAGAACACAGAAAAACAUCUGUUAAGUCUAUCUUUUUAAAUAAGGCAACAGCAACCAUAUUAACCAAAAUCCAGUAUCUUUUAUUGUGGUCUCUUGAGAUUGGCUUAGGAAACUAUCGGAGGAAGAAUUAGAAAAUAGUUCCUUAGGCUACAUUCAAACAGUUUAAACACCUGAUGGUGCUUUUUGCUUUCUUCUCUAAAAAAGAGCUAGGGUACGUCUGAAUUUUUAGACUUGACUGCUUUUCUGAAUGGCAUUUGUAAACUUCAUUUACAUUUCAAAAAUCUUUUUGUGCUUUUUAAAUUAGAGUUUUUAAAAAAUAUUUUUCUAUGUGAUAUUCUGUUAUUCCAAAAACAAACACAUUAAAAACUAUUAUUUUGGGAGCCUGAAAAUAAAUCUUUCUUAAUUGAUCCUAAAUAGGAAUAAAGAUUAAUUGAAAAUAGUUUUUUUUUUCUUCUUUUCGAGUGUGGUAUCCCCAUCGCAAUUAAUGAUGUAAGUUUUUCAGAACAGAGUCAUGGACUAAUUUAUUCCCACAAUGUGACAAUGUGGACAGGGUAAUUAUAGGUUGGGCUCAGUUUUCUUGCCAGAGUUCUAAUGCUGUUUGUGUAACUCACUUCUGAAUGGAAUAAUUUUGGCAGCUAUAAAACAUAAAGUAAGGGCUUAAUAAUUACAAUGAUGGCUAAUAUGUAUUGAACAUUUACUAUAUGAUAGGAACUUGGCAAAGUUUAAUUGUGGAGCCUGCAUCAUUAAUUGCUAUACAGUAUCAUAAUCAUUACCACAACUACCAUCCCUACUGUCUCUCAGAUAGAUUUUUAGGAUAUUAGUUAGAUGAAACAGAGUACAUGUAAAAUAUAGCCAAAGCUCUCUUCUCUAAUAUCGGCUCUCACAGCCAAUGACUGUAACACAUCCAGACCAAGCCUAAAACCAGUAUGUGAGGUUGAUUUGUACCCUAGGUAAUCUUUGGCUUCCUCAGAAUUCUUCACCACUUAGAAUCCUUUCAUAUGCCACCUUUGGCAAACAUGCCAUACCUGCAGUAGACCAAAAGAAGCUCUCCCAACCUCUAAAUUGAUUAAUAUAUAAGUUCCUAGAAGAAAGACAUAUAUGUUUAUCUUUUUGUUACAGAAGAAACUUGGCAUAGCAGUUAUAAAUCUGGCAGGAUGGACCACCUAACUUGACUAUUACUGUGUCUGUUUUGAAGGGAUAAAAUGGAAUUAUUUUUAAAGUUUUCAUUUGUAUUAUAUUUAGAGAGAGCCAUUUUUAAAAUUUCCCAUUGAUUUGUAACAUUCUAGAAGACAGAUUGUCUUCUUUCUGUUCCUCCUUUCUGUAUACUGUGUGCAGUAGAUAUCAACAGAAAUGUGAAAAAGUGGUUUCUCAUAGGGCUACUUAUAUACCUUUAUAUUUUGGUUAAUGAUAACACUUGUUGAAAGGCCCUUGGAUUAACUUUUUCUCAUAAACCCUCUUAUUUUUUGUAUUUAAUAAAUUAAAGAGCCAUA